CAUAACAGUGCAACGUGAAAUGAGAAUUUACUGAUGUGCAAAAUGUGGACCGUUUUCAGUGUUUAUGUUGUGUGUGCGUGCAGUUUAGUAAGGACUCAGGUGAUACCAAGCAAAUCUAGAGCAAGCGAUGGUGAUUUUAACAAUGUUAAUACAGACGGCUCUUUCGAUUUUGGGUACGCAAACACAGACCGAGGUGGUAGCUACCACUUAGCGCGCGGUAACCAAAACGGCGUGGUAGGCGGUAGGUUCGGAGCUCGGGACCCCGCCAGUGAUACUGUCAAAGAGACAAUCUACACAGCCGGACCUAGAGGGUUCCGAGCCAAAGGUCCCAACGUACAUAGACAAAUAGACUUAGAUCAACGACCUCGGGGCCCGAUAGGGAACAAGGACGACCCCUACUUCGACCCUAGCGAGGACCCGAGUUACUCCUACAAGUUCGACACGCGAACAUACUCGAAAAAUGAAAAUGCCGACAGUAGGGGCGAUGUUAAAGGCCACUAUACAUUUGUGGAUGACGCGGGCGAACGUCAUGACGUGACGUACGUUGCGGGUCGUGACACGGGUUUCCACGUGUCGUCUUCCCAUCCGGAUAAUCCCAGCGUGAUAGGCUCGCCCUUCCAUCGCGCGCCGCUAGUGCGGGGCGAGACACGUCCCCGGGGUCGCACAGCCGUCCAACGAGGCUUAGAUGGAUCUUACAGAUUUAUAUCAGCAGGCCCUGAUCAAAGAAGAUCAGAGAGUAGUGACUCGCAAGGAAAUGUAAGAGGAUCUUACACAUUCCUGGAUGACAAAGGUGUUCAAAGGACAGUAAACUACAUAGCUGGUCCCGGCAUCGGUUAUCGCAUUGUUAAAAACAGCAAAGAUCCAUUCAUACCGCCUUUCUUCCCCACAAUACCGAGCUCCUACGACCCUGACUUUGUUAACGGGGCUAUUGGUCCUAGUGUAGCCAGCUUUACUCCGGAUGACAGUGCUGGCGAGGAUGUGUUCAAAGGACCAGAUGGUUCAGCGGCAUCAGGCCAUGUUAAACCACCUCCAUUCACAACUUCUGAUAAAGACAGACCUAGCGGUACUUCCGAUAUCGAUGCGGGUUCUAUAAGUAGCAGUAACGAGGGACCUGGUGAAAGUUUCCAACCUCCUUCGUAUAAUCAGGGAUCAGAAAGUGAAGAUGUCAGCUUCGUCGAUGAGGAUUCAAGCUACGGAGGGCCACAACCCACGCCAGGACCAGGCAAACCGUGGCGUCCCACAAGGAAGCCAUUUAGACCGACGAAGAGACCUUAUGUGCCACUUAAACCUUCACAAUCAAAUGAUAAACAUAUUGAAUUUGAAGGGGAAAUUCACGACAUUGAAUCAGCUGAGUUUGGAUUCGAUGAACACAAAACGAAACCGGGGACUACGAUAAUUAAAAACAUAGGUAAAAAAUAUUUCGGCAUACCGCCCGGGGUAGCGGUUAGAGCCCAUGUGCAAAGUAUAGAUUUGUAUCCGUUUGGACCAAAACCAAUCUCUCCGUCAGAAGCCAUAGAGAAUGAACAAAACUAAAUGCUGGUGCUGUAAGGUUUUAACAAAUUCCCCGAUAUGUGAAUAAUUAAAACGAAAACAUUGUUAAUAAACAGUUUUUUUUUAUUUUAA